ACGUCGGGUGCGUUCAGGGACGAGUUAGCUAAACAAGCUAGCUAAUUAACGGCGUCUCUCCACAACAGUCGACGGGUUCAGGGCGAGCGACUCCAUUUUGGAAGGUAACGGGCACAGCUCCAGUGCUGCUUAAAAGGGGCCAGUGUACAGUAUCAGGGCCCCUCCACUCAGGCUAGCACUGUGGCAUUGUUAUCAUGUCAGACAGUCAACUCGGAGAGAAACCAAAGUGCAGAGGAAGUUGUCAUCCGUGCACCUGCUCCACCCUGUUUCGUGCAAAUUUCGAAGUGCAUGCACGGAAGUUAGGUUUCAGAGCACAAAAAGAAACACAGGUGACUGGAUGCUUUGGUUGUGGUUGUGUGUGUGUGUGUGUGUGUGUGUGUGCAUGUGCAUGCCAGGCUUUGGUUCCUGUUACUGGAGCUGUAAGAGUACGACGGAGGCUGGGUAUGCAUAGGCUGCCUCGUGGUGUCAAAAGCAAAGUGUGAAGGGGAAGAAAAGGUGAAAAGUCAAGUGAUGGGGACAAUCCCGCACGACAUUCGGAGACUUUUGGAUGACUGUGAGCUGUUCGUGUCGGAGAUCCUCGAAAACGAGGAGCUCGGCGAAAAUGCCCAAGAGACGCGGAAAGUCUUGCUGAACAACUUCAGGGUCGUCCAUGUGAGGAACCCUCAGGAAUUCCCCUUCCCACCGGACUUCAGGGAAGAAGAGGGUUCUGAUGACAACCGCAGCUCCAGUCUGGGUCGCUCUGGCCCGUCAGACGACGCCUCGGUAACCUCCGACUAUCAGGACGACGGAGGCCCAGAGUACUAUGGCGACAUCCCCCCUGUGGCGGCGCAGGACCUCGGCAACAUCUUGAAGCAAGGCUACCUGGAGAAGAAACGAAAAGACCACAGCUUCUUUGGCUCUGAGUGGCAGAAGAGAUGGUGCGUCCUGAACAACUCCAUAUUCUACUACUUUGGGAGCGAAAGAGACAAGCAGCAGAAAGGUUCCGUUUACAUCAACGAGUACAGUGUGCAGCUGGUGAGCAACCUGAGAAAAGACUCCAGGAAAAACGCCUGCUUCGAGCUCGUUGCACCUGGACGACGCCCUUUCCAGUUCACUGCCGGCAGCCUUCAGGAGGCCAGAGAGUGGGUGGACCAAAUCAAUUUCAUACUUCGAGAUCUCAGCUCCAGCUUCAUCCCUUUCGACGAAGACGAGGAGGGGGAGGAGGACACCUAUGAUGACAUUGAGGGGCUGACCGGCCCUGCCGUCGCUGCCCGGGCCCCUCCGAGAGCCACACAGGGAGGAGGGCAGGAGACGGGGGAGGUGGACGACGACGACGAGGAUAUCUACGAGGUGCUGCCAGAGGAUUUUCCAGAUCCCGAUGAGAGCGGUGAGAAGAACAAGUCAGAUUACGCCAACUACUACCAGUGUUUGUGGGAUUGCCAGGCCGACGAGCCGGAUGAGCUGAGCUUCCAGAGAGGAGAUCUCAUCUACGUCGUCAGCAAGGAGUACAACAUCCACGGCUGGUGGGUCGGCGAGCUGAGCGGCGCCGUGGGCAUCGUCCCCAAGGACUUCCUGCACCCGGCGUACAUCCUGUGAGCUGCGACAGAGCUGCUGCCAACAAACCCACACAGGCCCAAUGGUGUAAUUCCAAAAUGAUUCUCCCUCAUAAAAGUGUAAAUGAC